AUGGCGAAACAGCAAGAAAUCCGCAGCAUGGAUUGUGAUCGUGAUAGCAACCACAACCUUGAUUUUGAUGGCACUUUCCUUGAAAGCCUACCACCUUCCAUCACAAGACAUACGUACUACAACGAGGAGCAAUUGUUUGAUACUUUGGAAUAUGAAUUCGCUCGCUUCGAAGCCUCAUCAACUGAAGCGAGUUCAUCCUUUUCCAUGCAAGCAAAAAUACCAUCGAAGCCCUUUUCAAUCCGCCAAACGAAGAAAGUCCUAUUUCCAAACUUUCUGUUCCUUAUCAGGAUGCCUUUGACACCACAUGGUGCAGCAACCACUGUUGUACACACUAUGCUAACCCACUCCCUGAUACCAAUGGGACUUUCUCUUUCUCUCCAAGGAUAUCCAGGCGUGACCGUUAGAGGAGGUAGCCGAGGAAAACAACCCGACCAUGGCUGGGCCCCAAAAAGAAGAGCGCGUGGUGCAUUUAAUUCGCCCUCGGUUGUUCUGGAGGUUGCAUACUCAGAAUCGGACGCGAAAUUGAAAUCGGAUGUCCGAUUUUGGCUCAAUCCUAACGAGUGCAGGGCCAACCUAUGCUUAACACUCCGGAUUCACAAGUCGCGCCGGGAAAUCCGUAUUGAAUCCUGGACUACACAGAAUAAUAGAAUCCACCGCUCUCAUGUCACUUAUAUCACAAAAAAAGGGAGACACACCAAUGUCAGUGUCACCCAUCAUCCCUUCACCAUCCCAUUCGAAAGCCUCUUCUGUCACCGACCAUCUCGUCCCGGUGAGAAGGAUAUUGAGUUCUCACAAAUACAACUUGAGGAAAUCGCAGACUCGAUUUGGCAAGCCCAGGGCUGGGUUGGAUCAGGCUCGGCAAGAACUUCUGAAUCAUCCCAAAGGCACUGCACCCGUGGGUGUUUGACGAGUUUAAGCAUGGUGGACUGGGAAUACCUGGGAAGGGAGAUGAGAUCUGCGGACAACACGGCUCAAACCGAGCUGGCUAAGGCAACAAGGGCUAUCAUGGCACGAAAACUGAGGGAUGAAUCUCCCCGUGGGGGCUCAAUGCUGGAAUCCCACUUGGCACCUCCAGCCAUCCAUCCGUCUUUUAUACAGGUGGCCAACCCAUAUAUCUUCGAACAAACAGUUGAAAAUUGUAUCGAAGCGAUGGGUGUCAAUCCUAUUCGUGAGACUUCACUUCGCCUGCAGGGCGUCGCAUGGAUCGACGGCGUGCGGAGAGCACUCAAUCUGCCCAUUCGAACUUUUGAUACGGCGGUAGGAUACUACCACCGCUUUCGGUUGGUACACCCAGAUAACGAGUAUAACUUCACAGAUGCUGCUGCAGCUGCUCUAUUUACAGCAUGCAAGAUCGAAGAUACGCUCAAAAAGUCACGAGACAUCGUUUGCGCAGCCUACAACUUAAAAUUAGCACCCUCAGAGCACUUGUCGGCUGAUGAUCCUAUGUUUGAAGCCAGUGCGCGUGGCAUCAUCGGCCUUGAACGACUCAUGUUAGAAGCAUCCGGCUUUGAUUUUCGAACACGACAUCCCCAGAAGACUCUCAUGAAGUUGGGUCGGCACUAUGGACUUCCCCAGAAUUCGGAGGUCUCCAAUCUUGCCUACCGUAUUUCGUCAGAUCUCUAUCGUACAUUCUCACCUAUCAAGCAAAAUUCAUCGACGAUGGCUUUUAGCUGCCUUGAGCUUGCAGGUCGACUCUUGGAUCAGCGUAUUGAACAAGUGGAGUCCGGAGUGGAUUAUGCACAAUGGAACACAGGCCGUGCAGAGAUUAUGGAAACUCUCUUCGAUAUUCUAGAGCUUUAUACCCAUCAUCGGUCACAAACCACCGUGGGCUCCGAGUUCCCAGCAGAUCGGUUCCUAACAGUCCGCAUCCCACUCAAUCAAGAAGCCAGCGAACAACAUAUUCCACGAUAUAGUCCGUGGAUUGAGCAGCCGCAAAAACAAGCGAACGGCACCGAUGGCACACACCAGGAGGCCCCGCGACUAGCUCAUCCUUUAACACCAGUUGCGGCGAAUGGGGACCGCCAGGGAACAGGUGAGCGAGGUCGUGAUGCGGCUGUGCGAUUCAUGCUCGAUCCUGCAUGUGCAGACGAGGAGAGACGACAGGUAGCAACAUAUUUCAAUGUGGAAAUGGAAGAAUAUGAAGUCGAGGGGGUAAGAAAAUGGUCUUUGAAUGUGCGUUUCCCGGCACCUGGCGUGCCAAAUGCAGCGAAUCGAAGCCCCACGAAUAUCUUGCUUGUUUUUCUGAAUCAACAUCAUGGAAUGCCAGAAGGAGCUUGGUAUGCAAUGAGUUGGGACGAUACCUGA